AGGGCGGGGAGCGACCGCCGCCCGCGCAGGCAGGAGCCCGCCCCCAGGGCGGCGCUGGGCUCGCCCCGCCCGCCGCUGCUGCUCCUCCCCCGCUCUGCCCAGGCAGGAGCUCUGCGGCGCAGGGGACGGACGGCUCCGAGGAGGACACCAUGGCUCGCGUGCUCAGCCGGGACCCGGUGGACAUUGAGAACCUUCUGGCUUUAAAUCCCCGUAUGCAAACUCAUGCAACUCUAUGUUCAAGUGCAGCAAAGAAACAGGACAAGAAACACUGGAAAAGGAAUGCUGAUAAGAGCGGUUCAAACUGUGAGAUGCUGGAAAAUAAUUUUGAUGACAUCAAGCAUACGACUCUUAGUGAACGUGGGGCACUUCGAGAAGCAAUGAGGUGCUUAAAGUGUACAGAUGCCCCCUGUCAGAAGAGCUGCCCAACUAAUCUAGACAUCAAGACAUUUAUCACAAGUAUUGCAAACAAGAACUAUUAUGGAGCUGCCAAAAUGAUUCUUUCUGACAACCCACUGGGCCUGACAUGCGGAAUGGUAUGUCCAACCUCAGAUCUUUGUGUAGGUGGAUGCAAUUUAUAUGCUACGGAGGAGGGACCAAUUAAUAUUGGUGGAUUGCAGCAGUUUGCUACUGAGGUGUUCAAAGCUAUGAAUAUUCCUCAGAUUAGAAGCCCUUUCUUACCUCCCCCAGCAAAGAUACCUGAAGCCUACAAUGUGAAGUUAGCUCUCUUUGGUGCUGGGCCUGCAAGUAUAAGUUGUGCUUCUUUUUUGGCUCGAUUAGGUUACUCAGACAUCACCAUAUUUGAAAAACAGGAAUACAUUGGUGGCUUAAGUACAUCUGAAAUCCCUCAAUUCCGGUUGCCAUAUGAUGUAGUGAAUUUCGAAGCUGAGCUUAUGAAGGACCUUGGAGUGAAGAUAGUUUGUGGUAAAGGCCUUGGAAUAGAAGGAAUGACAAUUAACACCUUGAAGGAAGAUGGCUACAAAGCAGUCUUCAUUGGAAUAGGUUUACCAGAGCCAAACAAGGAUAGUAUAUUCCAAGGACUGAAAAUGGACCAAGGUUUCUACACAUCUAAAGACUUUCUACCACUGGUAGCAAUGGCAAGUAAACCAGGAAUGUGUGCCUGUCACUCUCCAUUGCCAUUGAUACAGGGAACUGUAAUUGUACUUGGAGCAGGAGACACUGCUUUUGAUUGUGCAACAUCUGCUUUACGCUGUGGAGCUCGCCGUGUAUUUGUGGUCUUCAGAAAGGGAUUCACUAAUAUCAGGGCUGUCCCCGAGGAGAUGGAACUUGCAAAAGAAGAAAAGUGUGAAUUUCUUCCUUUCCUCUCACCUCGGAAGCUUGUAGUGAAAGGUGGACGAAUUGUUGCUAUGGAAUUUGUUCGAACUGAGCAAGUUGAAGCUGGACACUGGAUUGAAGAUGAGGAUCAGAUUGUCCGUUUGAAAACAGAUGUGGUGAUCAGUGCCUUUGGUUCAGUUUUAGGUGACCCUAAAGUAAAAGAAGCCAUGAAUCCUAUCCAGUUUAAUAGAUGGGGUCUUCCUGAAAUGGAUCCAGAGACCAUGCAAACCAGUGAACCAUGGGUUUUUGCUGGUGGUGACAUUGGAGGUUUAGCUAACACUACAGUGGAAUCAGUGAACGACGGAAAACAAGCUUCCUGGUAUAUGCACAGAUACAUACAGUCUUUAUACGGUGCUGCAGUUUCUACUACUCCAGAAUUACCUCUCUUCUAUACUCCUGUUGAUUUGGUAGACAUCAGUGUUGAAGUGGCUGGACUGAAGUUUCCAAAUCCCUUCGGUCUUGCCAGUGCAACUCCAACUACUAGUUCCCCAAUGAUUCGAAGAGCAUUUGAAGCAGGAUGGGGAUUUGCUCUGACCAAAACAUUCUCCCUCGAUAAGGAUAUUGUAACCAAUGUUUCUCCAAGAAUUAUACGUGGAAUUACAUCAGGCCCCAUGUAUGGCCCAGGUCAAGGCUCUUUCCUAAAUAUCGAGCUUAUCAGCGAGAAAACUGCAGAAUAUUGGUGUAAAAGUGUCACUGAACUGAAGGCUGACUUUCCCAACCAGAUUGUAAUUGCCAGUAUCAUGUGCAGCUACAACAAGGAUGACUGGACUGAACUUUCAAAAAUGGCUGAGGCUUCCGGUGCAGAUGCCCUGGAGUUAAAUUUAUCCUGUCCUCAUGGCAUGGGGGAGAGAGGCAUGGGCCUGGCCUGUGGGCAGAAUCCAGAGCUAGUCCGAAACAUCUGUCGCUGGGUUAGACAAGCUGUUCAGAUUCCUUUCUUUGCAAAGCUGACCCCAAAUGUCACUGAUAUUGUGAAUAUUGCAGUGGCUGCCCAGGAAGGUGGUGCAGAUGGUGUGACAGCCACGAACACUGUGUCAGGACUGAUGGGACUGAAAGCAGACUGCAUACCUUGGCCUGCAGUUGGUGGAGAAAAGAAGACCACAUAUGGUGGCGUGUCUGGAAGUGCUAUUAGGCCCAUAGCCCUGCGAGCAGUAUCUGCUAUAGCUCAUGCUCUUCCAGGAUUUCCCAUCUUAGCAACUGGAGGAAUUGAUUCAGCUGAGAGUGGGCUGCAAUUUCUCCACAGUGGUGCUUCUGUUCUACAGGUGUGCAGUGCAGUACAGAAUCAAGAUUUCACUGUGAUUGAGGACUACUGCACAGGACUGAGAGCCCUACUUUAUCUGAAAAGCAUUGAGGAGCUUCAAGACUGGGAUGGACAGAGUCCUGCAACCAUGUGCCAUCAGAAAGGAAAGCCAGUACCCAAAAUUGCUGAUCUGAUUGGAAAGAAACUGCCUAGUUUUGGACCUUACCUUGAGCAGCGCAAAAGAUAAUAUCUGAGAACAAGAUUUAAACUGAAGCAGCAAACCACAACUGUUGUUACUGCCUGAGAGAAAAAGCAUUUUAUUCCCAAGAAGCCCAUUCCAGCAGUCAAGGAUGUAAUUGGAAAAGCACUGCAGUACAUUGGAACAUAUGGUGAGCUUAACAACACAGAUCAAGUUGUGGCUCUGAUUGACAAGGAAAUGUGCAUCAACUGUGGCAAAUGCUACAUGACCUGUAAUGAUUCUGGCUACCAGGCUAUACAGUUUGAUCCAGAAACCCACCUGCCCACUGUUACUGACAGUUGUACAGGCUGCAAUCUGUGUCUCAGUGUCUGCCCUAUUAUUGACUGCAUCAGAAUGGUUUCCAGGACAACACCUUAUGAACCAAAGAGAGGCCUGCCCUUAGCUGUGAACCCAGUGUGUUGAGGUGAUCAGUCCAGGAGUUAAUGUGAACUUUACAUUUCCUUGAUGCAGUAAAUUUGCUUUCCAAUUAGUACUUGAAAUUUUAACUGUAUUAAAACACAUAAUGUUGAUAGUCCUUAUAAUGAUGGCUAUUUUCUCCAGUGAUUAUUUUAAGGCAAACUAUUUUCUUAGGUUUCAGAGCAGCAGCAGUUAGUCAGUUAUUAACUGUCAGUUGUUCGUUAUGUAAAGCACAACUUUUUCUUUUGCAAAUUUCUGUAUCUGAUGUUUAACCUUUAUAGAGUUUCUAGUUUUAAACAUAAUUGAGCAUUUUUUAACUAACUGCAAUUCAACAUACAAGGAAACUGUUUCCAAGGAGACAUUUUGUAAUUAAACAUUACAUUUAAUUUUUAAGAAGUUUCUUUGAAAUUGUAAUUAGCUACAUACUAUGCAAACAAAGCAAUGCAGGGUGCUAUUUGUCUAUGAAAAGAAGUGAAAGGCGCUUUAAAAUAGCAUUUCAAUCUGGACUGAUCACUUUCAACUGCUACAGUGUACAGUAUAGUAUUUUCUUAAUGCUUCCUCAAUUCAACUUUACAUUAGACUCUUCUAAAAAUAAAUUUGCUAAUUAUUGACCUAUAUUGAACUCUUCACAUUUUUUACUUGAAUUGGUGUCUAGAUUUAGAUUUCCUCUAUUAAACAAUCACAGCACACUUCUUAAAAUUGUUUAAACUGUGUUAUUACAAAAUCCAGGUGUUACCUCAGGUUUUGAUUAUUAGCAACCUGUUUUCUGCAUAGACAUAUUCUAAAUAAAUAACUUUUUAAUUAUGCCAAUUAAUGCUUCAGCAGCUAUUGUUCAAAGAUUUAAUUACUUGAGAAUGGAAUAUGUUACCUCUCUGUGUCUCUCUAUGGCUACAUCUACACUAUGAGUUAGGGGUGUGAUUUCCAGCUCAAGUAAACAUAUUCGUGCUAGUUCCCAUCGACCUAGCACGAGCUGUGCCUCCGCUGUCUGUGCUACGGCAGCUACACUGCUAUUUAUACUCAUGCUAGCACGAGUACGUGUAUGCAAGCUGGGAAUCACACCUCUAGCUCAUACUGAAGAUGUAGCUUCUAUGGUACAUGUACUGGGUUAUUCCCCCCGCCAUUAUUCAUCCUUAGUGGUUAUGUUUGGCUACAGUAAUCUUACAGCCCAAACAAAAUAUAGAUUUGCCAGUAUUGCUAAAGAGCCUUAGCCUAUUUUUCAUUCUCACUAGGAGCUGUCUCAUACAAAUGUAUUGCUAUUUUCUUUACCCAUGUCUGCAAUAAAGCCAUACGUUCAUAAUAAUAAUGUAUCUGUUCAGUUAAUUAUGUGAACAGGAAAAUUCAUAACCUUUGAUUAUACCCAUUUCAGAAUUUUCUGUUCUUCUGUUUACAUAUGUAUUCCUAAUUAUAAAUAAACAGCAUUAAUCAACUUGG